GCCAAACAACACCGAAUGCGUGCCGCCUCGUUAGCCGGAACCGGGUCUGAGCACCACGGGUCUGGGUCUGGGAACGCGACUGUCGGUCGAGCCGGUGGACUUGAUAUGAUGUCAGAUUUGCAACGUGUCCUGGCUGCGCGUCGACGUGCCAAAGAGGCUGAGGAAGGUGGAAGUGCCGAUGGCAGUGCAGCUGGAGGUGAUCAACCUGGUCAGCAGGGAUCCAAUGCGACUUCACGCUGGCCCGCUGGCUCAACUCAGUCCGGGAACACAUCUGUAACGAACAGUUCCAUACCCCCAGUACCACCACUAACCAGCACUGCUUCCUCCGGUAAUAAUGCUACCAGCUCCUCAUCGAUUGUCCCUGGAUUCGCCACAUUGCGUAAAAACUCCAGUGCUGUGCUAGAUGCGAUGAACGGGAAUUCGGCCAUUACAAACGGGACAAACUCGGGCAACGGUUGCUCCGCCACGUCGGCUGCGACAGGCAUGCUGUCUCGUGCUGAUCUCGAGGCUUUCAAACGUGAACUCAUGUCAGAGUUCCGACGGGAAGUUCAACAGCUCAAAAAUGAUGUGAUCGAAGGUUUGUGGAUUGUCUACCUUUUCACACUGUACCAGUAA